GUGAUUGUGCCGUCUGCAUUUCCGAUGUAUGCUUUCGAAGCCCGGCCCACAAAGAGCCCCGUUUCGACAACGCCGACCAACGCCUUGAUUUUCGCGUUGAGCUCGGCCACUUGGGCGGGCGGAAUCUCGCCGAAGUCGCAGUCAAUGAUGAAAUUGCCGUUGUCCGUCACCACAGGCCCUGCCUUGGCCGGCAGCCCUGAACGCACAACGGGUUUUCCGCCCAGUUUCACCAGGUCCAGGCUCACCUUAGUGUAUGCCGCCGGAACCACCUCAAUUGGCACGCCUUUGCGCCAGCCCUUGCCCAGCACGCCCGUGUCCUUGCGGUAAUCUGCCACAACAACCAGCUGCUUCGAACAUGCCGCCACAAGCUUCUCCUGGAACAGGCAUGCGCCGCCGCCUUUGAUCAGUCCGAGGUUGCUGUCAAUUUCGUCCGCCCCAUCAAACGCAAUGUCGAUCUCCGGGUACUCCUCGGUCGACCCCAGCCGGAGCCCAUUGUCCAUGAUGAGCUGCCGCGACUGGAAACCCGUCGGAACACACACCAGGUCGCUCUUGUUGCUCGCCUGACCAACGCGCUCGGCAACGUACACAACGGUCGAGCCCGACCCAAUACCGAUCACCCUGUGUGACGGUAACAGAUUGUCGUCGACGGCCGCGUACGCCGACAGCUUUUUCGAUUUUUCCACCAGGUCUGCCAUGCUGCUGAAUCGUUUACAAAGAAAAGCUGUUUGGCGAAUUUUUAACAUUGUCUGUCAUGAAAAAAACGUGUGGGGUAAAUAACGAAUUCUACAGGGCAGCACGUCGCUUCUGCACGCGCACCGUGCCGUCUUCGAGCCCGAUGUAGGCUUUGUGCGCCAUUCCGGGGAAAAUGCCUGUUUCCACCACGCCGACCAGCGCCUUGAUCUUCACGUCCAGCUCCGCCACGCGCUCCGGGCGGAUCUCGCCAAACUCGCAAUCGACCACCAAGUUCCCGUGGUCUGUCACCACGGGCCCCGCUUUGCGGUCGCCGGCAUCACGCAGCCGUGGAUGGCCACCUAGCCGUUCCAGCUCUAAAAACAGCCGCCGAUGAGCAACAGAAACAACCUCAAGCGGCACCCCUCUGCUUAGUGCUACGCUGCUCUUGCGAUGGUCGGCAACGACAAUAAACUUGCGCGCACACGAGGCAACCAGCUUUUCCAAAAACAUACAGGCCCCGCCACCUUUGAUGAGAUUCAGAUCGCUGUCAAUUUCGUCUGCUCCGUCAAAAGCAAUGUCAAUGUCCACGUACUCGUCCACACGGCCCAAAUGGAGGCCGUGAGAGAGGAUUAACUCGCGCGCCUGGAAACUUGUCGGCACACAAACCAAUCGGCGCUCUGUGUCCAGCUGCGCCAGCCGGUCUACAACAUACACAAUUGUGGUGCCGGACCCUAUUCCAACGACCUGGUGCGAGGGGUCGAGGUUCUGGUCCACCGCAGCGUAGCUGGCGUUCUUCUUUGCGAUUUCAGUUGACAUAACGUAUACGGCAGAGUCUGAAUGCUUUAUAUGUGGGCACGGUGGUCACAGCGCCCGAUAGCCUACUGCAACCACCGGGUGCUACGCGGGAGAAACCCCUCCUUACAUAAAGCGGGCUCGGAGACCUCCCGUGUGUCACGUGCUUUCCCUUGAAGUCAUAAAUUUUUCAGUCUCAAAAAAAAUCUUCAACCAACUUUACGUAGUAUGUCUGCCGCAUCGAAAGUGCUCGCCAGCGAACCAUCUGAGCUCGAAUUGCAAGUCGCACAGGCUUUGGUCGAUUUGGAAACCAACUCUCCAGAUUUGAAGGCUGACUUGAGACCCCUCCAGUUCAAGUCCAUCAAGGAGAUUGAGGUUUCGGGUAACAAAAAGGCUAUUGUCAUUUUUGUCCCAGUCCCAUUGCUCAACGCUUUCCACAAAGUCCAAAUCACCUUGACCAGAGAAUUGGAAAAGAAGUUCCCUGACAGACACGUUGUGUUCUUGGCCGAGAGAAGAAUCUUGCCAAAGCCAGGAAGAACUUCUAGAGUGACCCAGAAGAGACCAAGAUCCAGAACCUUGACUGCUGUCCACGACAAGAUCUUGGAGGACUUGGUCUUCCCAACCGAGAUCGUUGGAAAGAGAGUCAGAUAUCUUGUUGGUGGUAACAAAAUCGCCAAGGUUCUCUUGGACUCCAAGGACUCCUCUGACAUCGACUACAAGCUGGACACCUUCCAAUCCAUUUACCAGAAGUUGACCGGAAAGCAAGUCACUUUCGAGAUCCCAACCGAGACCUUAUAAAUGUUAAUUAAUAAAGGUAAAUGAGAAUUAUAUGAAUAUG